AAUACAUCUCUAUCUUUCUCUCUUGAAUUGGACGAAGGAACAGAAACCUCGAAUCUGAGGUAGCCGGCGGGAAGGCAUUGCAAGCGCCGCAAGAAACAUUUUGAAAUACAAUGUCGAUGGUUGAUGAACCACUGUAUCCCAUAGCUGUUUUGAUAGAUGAGCUAAAGAAUGAUGACAUUCAAUUGCGGUUGAGUUCUAUUCGGAAGCUAUCAACAAUUGCACGUGCUCUUGGGGAGGACCGAACACGAAAAGAGUUGAUCCCCUUUUUGAGUGAAAAUAAUGAUGAUGAUGAUGAGGUGCUGCUUGCAAUGGCAGAGGAAUUGGGAGUGUUUAUACCUUAUGUUGGAGGAGUUGAGCAUGCCCAUGUCUUGCUUCCGCCUUUGGAAACCCUUUGCACUGUGGAGGAAACAUGUGUGAGGGACAAAGCUGUUGAGUCAUUGUGUAGAAUUGGGUCGCAGAUGAGGGAGACGGAUUUGGUUGAUUGGUUUAUUCCUCUGGUGAAGAGGCUGGCAGCUGGUGAAUGGUUUACAGCUAGAGUUUCUUCUUGUGGAUUGUUUCAUAUUGCUUACCCGAGUGCCCCAGAGAUGUUAAAGACAGAAUUAAGGUCAAUAUACAGCCAGUUGUGUCAGGAUGACAUGCCUAUGGUGAGAAGGUCCGCAGCAACAAACUUGGGGAAGUUUGCUGCCACUGUUGAACCUGAUCAUCUCAAGACUGAUAUCAUGUCCAUUUUUGAUGAUCUUACACAGGAUGAUCAAGAUUCUGUUCGAUUACUAGCUGUUGAGGGUUGUGCUGCUCUUGGAAAGUUGUUGGAGCCCCAGGACUGUGUUGCACACAUUCUCCCUGUCAUUGUCAACUUCUCUCAGGAUAAGUCGUGGCGUGUUCGCUACAUGGUUGCAAACCAAUUGUAUGAACUCUGUGAAGCUGUGGGGCCUGAACCGACCAGGACGGAUUUGGUUCCUGCGUACGUGCGGCUGCUCCGAGAUAAUGAAGCUGAAGUACGUAUAGCAGCUGCUGGAAAAGUCACCAAGUUUUGCCGCAUUCUCAACCCAGAACUGGCAAUUCAGCACAUUCUUCCCUGUGUGAAGGAAUUGUCAUCAGAUUCUUCCCAGCAUGUUAGGUCAGCUUUGGCUUCUGUUAUAAUGGGAAUGGCUCCUGUCUUAGGGAAGGAUGCAACAAUUGAACAGCUUCUUCCAAUAUUUCUUUCCCUCCUGAAGGAUGAGUUUCCUGAUGUACGCCUCAAUAUUAUCAGCAAGUUAGAUCAAGUCAACCAGGUUAUUGGAAUCGACCUUUUGUCCCAGUCUCUAUUACCGGCGAUUGUUGAGCUUGCGGAGGACAGGCAUUGGAGGGUCCGACUUGCAAUAAUAGAGUAUAUACCUCUAUUGGCUAGUCAGUUGGGUGUAGGAUUUUUCGAUGAUAAGCUUGGUGCUCUCUGCAUGCAGUGGUUACAAGAUAAGGUUUACUCUAUUCGGGAUGCUGCUGCAAAUAACUUGAAGCGCCUUGCAGAGGAAUUUGGUCCGGAGUGGGCAAUGCAGCACAUAAUUCCACAGGCUUGUGUUGUUUCAAAUACUUAAUUUUCUGUUGAUGCAUUGAUUAUUAGCUUACAUAAUAGAAAUUCAUUGAAUAUUGAAGUGUGUCUAACUAUCUUAUUUGCACAGACAUAGUCAUGAUUUUUGCAUCUUGAAUUCAGGUGGCUGGAUGGAUUUCUGGGAUCUGUACUCCUACUAGCUUAUAUUCCUUUUGUUGUAUGGUUGUGUAAUCUCAGUGAUUUGGGCAACAUAUAGCGACUUUCAUCAUGGCCUUUUUUAUUCUUGGGUGAAUUUAACUUUUUUCCCUUGGUGUUUAGGUCCCUCUGCAUCUUAAAAAAUGGAUACAUAAACCUCGUGUGGUUUAUGAACCAAAAUGUACUAUUGAUUCUGUUAACAGUGACCCAACUCCACAAUAACCAUGUAACCCUCAUGUGAUUCUGUGGAUUUAAAUCCGAGACAUAACACAAGUGUUGUCUGUUUAUUUGUUAAGGUGAGAGGAUGAUAUGCAGAGGGACCUAACCAUAAGGGGUAAAGUGAAAUUUGUCUGAUUAUGUGUCAAAUUGGAAUACAAGUGUUUUGGGGUGGAAACUUAAUCUCUUCCAUGUUGUUGGCAUGCAUGUUUAGGGUCUCUUUACUAUGCAUAUAUAGGGAUUGCUGUGGUGGUUCUGGAGUGUAAUGAUCUAAUGCACCCUUUUUGUUCUGUUUUCCGCCCCCGUCAUGUCUAUGCUUAUGGUUUAUUUCCUGCUUCCUUGAGGAAUGAAGUUAUCACUCAUAUCUGGACAGGUUUUGGAUAUGAUUAACAAUUCACAUUACUUGUAUCGGAUGACCAUUCUUCUUGCAAUUUCGUUACUAGCCCCCGUUAUGGGAUCUGAAAUCACAUGUUCUAAACUGCUACCUGUGGUCGUUACUGCAUCAAAGGACAGAGUGCCCAACAUUAAGUUUAACGUAGCAAAGGUGUUGCAGUCCCUAAUUCCUAUUGUUGACCAAUCUGUGGCUGAGAAGACCAUUCGUCCGUGUUUGGUUGAGCUUGCUGAGGACCCAGAUGUGGAUGUCCGCUAUUUUGCUAACCAAGCACUUCAGGCAAUUGAUCAUGUUAUGAUGUCGAGCUAGAUAAGUUCAUUUCCUUUGAAGUUCACCUGUUGAAUCUUUAUUUUGAUUGAAGAAAACCUUUGUCAGGGGUGCUAAAGUUCGUCUACGUCAGAUUAGUUGUAUCAGCUUUGAGUGGGAAGUAUGUUGUUACCUAGCAUGUGGGAUUGGGAAUUAUGCUUAUUGAUUAUGUGCUUUUUUUGUUUAGCCAAAUGCCACCAAAAAUUUAUAUCAUUGGACAGUUGCACCCCAACCUUCUAUUUAUUGAGGAAAUAUUGAAUGCAAGGUGAUAUCAUGUCAGCAAUGUUGAUGUAAUAUCACCAAUUAAUAAAAAAAUAUUAAGUAGGGGAGGUGAGUCUUACUUGGGUAGUUAUUGGCUUUUACAUAGAAGAGUGAGUAGUUAUUUGUUUACAUUGAGGGUUGGUUAUUAAUUUUUGUGGGAUCUAUUGGUUUAUUUGUUUUGAUAUUAUUGAUUGGUGAUACCACGUUAACAUUGUCACAUGGUAUCGACAUUGUAAUGAAUAUUUUUUUUUUCCCAUUUG